CGCUCCCCUUCCCGCCUCCCGGGAGGGCCCGCUCCGCCUGCCUGAGUCACGGCUGGAGCUGGGGAGGAGCCGGGGAAAGGAGGCCCCAGCCCAGAGUGCAGCCCGCGGCCAAAGGGAGAGCAGGCAGGACGGUCGGGGAUCAUGGGGGAGAGCGCGCUGGAACUGGGGCCGGUGUCCGCAGCAACGGCGGGGGGUCCGGUGCACGCCGUGACGGUGGUGACGCUGCUGGAGAAGCUGGCCACCAUGCUGGAGGCGCUGCGGGAGCGGCAGGGGGGCCUGGCUCGGAGGCAGGGCGGCCUAGCGGGCUCUGUGCGCCGCAUCCAGAGCGGCCUGGGCGCGCUGAGCCGCAGCCACGACACCACGAGCAACACACUGGCGCAGCUGCUGGCCAAGGCGGAGCGCGUGGGCUCGCACGCGGAUGCCGCGCAGGAGCGCGCGGUGCGCCGCGCGGCCCAGGUGCAGCGGCUGGAGGCCAACCACGGGCUGCUGGUGGCGCGCGGGAAGCUCCACGUCCUGUUCUUCAAGGAGGAGGCCGAAAUCCCAGCCAGCGCCUUCCGGAAGGCGCCAGAGCCCUUAGGCCCAGCCGACCAGUCCGAGCCCGGCCCAGAGCAGCCCGAGGGUGAAGUUGAGGAGAGCUCGGACGAGGAGCCCGUGGAGUCCAGGGCCCGGCGGCUGCGGCGCACCGGGUUGCAGAAGGUACAGAGCCUGCGAAGAGCCCUGUCUGGCCGGAAAGGCCCUGCAGCACCAACGCCCACGCCGGUCAAGCCACCUCGCCUUGGGCCUGGCCGGAGCGCUGAUGGCCAGCCGGAUGCCCGGCCCGCGCUGGAGCCCAAGCUGGAGUCAGAACCUCCACAGGACACCGAGGAAGAUCCCGGGAGACCUGGGGCAGCGGAAGCCGCAGUGCUUCAAAUAGAGAGCGCAGCCUAAUGGUCGGUGCCUCUCCGGUGCCUAUGCCCAGUCCCAAAAUAAAUCUCCCUUUCAGAAUGCAGCCUUCACGCCCAAAUAAGGAGUGAAUCCUGCAUCCACAGCCCCGCUCUGACUUGCCUCUCCCAGUUCCCUCAGGCUAGACUGUGUCCUCUGAGAGAGGAGCAGCCACUCUAACCUGCUUGCCCUCACUGUCAAUAAAAGUAAUGUCACCUAA